UCUUUUCUUCAGUUCAAAAUUCACCAAAUCAGAAAGAAAGCUAAAAGCUGAAACCCUGAAACCCUAGCUUCUCCACCACCGACGUAGGGACCGUCGUCCGACGCUCAGGCACCACGGUCGUCGUCUGGUCGUGCGCUCUUUUUCAUCAUUCAACAAUCGCGCCUUCUUCCUCGAGCUCGGCGUCAGUCCCUGGCCUUUGUCUGCUCCGUCGCGUUCCUGCCGCCGUCUGUCGCGCUCAGGCACGUCUUCGUCUGGUUGUGGUGCUCGAAGUUCCAACCCACCAAUCGCAGCUUCUUCCUCGAGCUCGUCGUCUUGGAGUCUGCCCUUCGUUUGUUCAGCCGCAGCUUCUUUCAACCCACCAGCGUCUUCGAGUCGUUCUCGUCGCCUGGCCUCCGCCUCCGUCGCGCUUCUGCCCCUCUGCUCAGACUGCUCAGAAGUCAGAACGAAGGCAAUGGAAGAAUUGGACCAGUGGAAGGAACAACUUCUCCAUUGGUGGAGCCUAGCCGAAGAGCAACUUCGGCAGGUUCCCCCAGUUCAGCUCUACGCCACCGCUGCCAUCCUCGUUUUCACCACCCUGCUGCUCCUAUCAUUGCGGUUGUUGAAGCGUGCCAAGUCCAACACCAUUGUAUUGACUGGCCUAAGUGGUGCCGGCAAAACUGUUCUCUUCUAUCAGCUUAGGGAUGGCUCUAUCCAUGGGGGGACUGUUACGUCAAUGGAACCUAAUGAGGAGACUUUUGUUCUUCAUUCUGAAACAACAGAGAAGCGGAAGACAAAACCCGUUCAUGUUGUCGACGUCCCGGGACAUUCUCGUCUUCGUCCCAAAUUGGAUGAAUACUUGCCUCAAGCUGCUGGCAUAGUUUUUGUUGUUGAUGCUUUGGAUUUCUUACCAAACUGCCGUUCUGCUUCAGAGUAUCUAUAUGAUAUUUUGACCAAGGGAAGUAUUGUGAAGAAGAAGAUUCCAUUGCUUAUUCUCUGCAACAAAACAGACAAGGUCACUGCUCAUACGAAGGAGUUUAUCCGCAGGCAGAUGGAGAAGGAAAUUGACAAAUUACGGGCAUCAAGAAGUGCAAUAUCGGCGGCGGACAUUACAAAUGAGUUCACCCUUGGGGUGCCGGGAGAACAAUUUUCUUUUAUCCAAUGUUACAACAAAGUUACAACUGCAGAUGCUUCUGGUUUAACUGGAGAGAUAUCUCAGUUGGAACAAUUUAUCAGAGAAUAUGUAAAGCCAUAACUUGAUCUUAUGUAUGGAAAAUUAGAGAUCAUUAUGUUGGGAUCAACGAGGUGAUUAGAUAGUUGAAAUCAUAUGAUUAAACUGUAUUUUGAUUAAAUCAGUUGCAUAGUUACUUGGAUUUACCUAAGGACACAUUUUCAAUUGACCAUUUAGAGAUUUGA